AUGGAUGAAGAAAAUGAUAUGAGAGAAUGGAGCUUAGACGAUGAAAUCCUUUUGUUUGAUCUUAUGUGUGAUUUCAAGCCGGCUGGGCAUGAUAAAGACAAGCAAAUGAGUAUAAUUGUCGAAAAGAUGAACGAAAAUGUAUCAGAAGGAACGAAGCCGUUUUCAGCAGAUGAUAUAUGGAAAAAACUUGGAGGAAUGUACGAUUUAGAACGAGUGGACGAAUUGGAGGAUUACAUAGAUGAAGAUGAGGAUUCGGCUGAAGAGGACGGUGCACCAAAUGAGAAGGAAGAGGAUAAGAAAGAAGAUAUCGAUCAAUCUAGCAAAGACCCAGAUUCCUCGGGUUUGAGUGAUGUUGAGACAGAUAUGGCUAGUGAAAGAGAAGAAUUAGAGGUACCGAAAAGUGGAAGCAGAGGUAAUAAUAAGAAUAAGAAAGAUAGAGUUCGCAAAGUCGACACGAAGGAAGACUCUACAGCCGUUGAGACAAAAGAUGCAGAAGUAACUAAUGAGAAUGAAGAUGCAAAUGAUGAUGGUGAUGACAACAAUGAAGAAGAAGAUGAGGGCAACGACGAAAACGAACAAGAAGAUCCGGAUGAUGAUGAUCAGGACGAUGACGAUGAUGAAAAUGAAAGUGGUGAAGGCUCCUUACAGAAGAGGGUGACACGGGGUGCAAGGAAACACCAACACGAACUUUCCGAUCAAACAGGGACGCCAAAACCAAAAAAGAGAACCAGGUCGAGUGCAAAAUUGGAUGCAGUUGAAACCCCUCCUCCGAGUAAACGCAGCCAAAAGACUGCGACACCUCCAGCUCAACAAACACCAACUGCAUCAGCGAAGAGAAGAAAGAAAUCUGAAGUUCAAGAGUCCGAUGCCGAUAAAAGUAAUACCAGAAGAAGUAAGCGAUCGUUGGUUCCAGCGACUACGCCCCUGAAACCCCAGGCACCACCAAUAAGACGAAGUUCAAGAAAGAAAUGA